CUCAUAGACUUCCCAAAGUUACAAAACAAGUUUAGUAACUGCACCGCACACUUAUUAUUUCCGACGAAAUCGAUCUCCAGAAUCCUCUCAGGACUGUGACGGACAUCUGACAGUAUUUGAAAGCAGGAAGCAGAGUGACUACGUGUCUGGUCAUGGGAGACAUCGAAAAGGGGAAGAAGACGUUUGUUAAAAAAUGCGCCCAGUGUCACACAGUGACCAAAGGGGGGAGCCACAAAACGGGACCAAACCUAUGGGGUCUGUUUGGGAGGAACACGGGACAGGCAGCGGGCUACUCCUAUUCAAAGGCCAACGUUGAGAAAGGCAUCGUGUGGGAUGAAGAAAACUUGAUGGUCUAUCUUCAAAACCCUAAGAAAUUUAUUCCUGGUACCAAGAUGAUCUUCGCUGGCAUCAAGAAGAAGUCAGAGAGGGCCGACCUCGUCGCUUAUUUAAAGGACGCCACUUCAAAAUAGAAGUUCUGCGGUGGCGAUGAUAAAACCAGCUUUGACAGCUUUAUACAUGUUUCAAUGUUGAUCUUUUCAUGUUUUUAUGCCACUGUGUUAUCAUCUAAAGUAAUGUACCAGAUGAUGCUUCAAAAGUGCACAAAAAAUAUAAGGAUUUCAGACCUCUUCCUUAAAGUAAUUAUUAUAUUAAUUUUAAUUAUAUGUAUUUUGAUUGACAAUCAUUAACUUGUUGUGCAGCUGCCAAUGUUUACAAUUUUAAGUGUGGCAGAGUUCAACAAGUAUUUUUAGACAUAAACAAAAGGAAAAUAUUGGAAUAAACAUUUUCAUUGUCAUCACUUGGUGAUGUCAUACUCACUGACUGGGCAUCUUGUGGAAAAAAUGUGGCACAUUAAACAUUUGUUCACAUGGUCAAGGUGUUUUCUGUCACAAAGUUACUGUUUAACUGUUUAAUGAACUUUAUUAUUUUUAUAAUGUAAUAUUUGUACUCCCUUUCCACUCACGUAAAUCUUAGCAUGUCCCCCUAUUUCUUCUUUGCAUUCCUCAGCAAAAUAUUUUAUGCAUCCAUUGUUGGUGCAUGUGUUCUUUAUAUUACACAGACAUUGAGGUAGCUAAUUUAGUGAUCUACACUGUAUUUAUUUUAUAUUAUUUUGACUUUUUACUUUUACAUAUAAUUAAUGGUAGAUAUUUUGCGGUGUAAAUAUACUCCAAAGAUGGGAGGAAAAAAAAGUCUAUUUUCAAUAAGUCAUCAAAGUAUUGUUCAUAUAGAUACGUUUUAACAUUUGUUAUUAUUAUUUAAUAUUUUUUUGAUCCGAUUUUGAAAAAAAUGAACUUGAAGAUGAA